GUCCGCGUCCUUUCACCUAAUCUUAACCUAUGUAAUUGACUAUCUUUAUAUUUUCACUUCAUGUGCUUUGCUGCAAGAAAUCAAUUAUCCUCUUAAAGGUUAUAAAAUGGCGACUUUAUCUACUAAAUUCACCCAUUAUUUCCUACGUUUCAGAACUAUGCUCUUUCAUGAAUUAGGCGAAGCCUAUAUACCUAGAUUGAAACAUAGAACAGAGGUAUUGGUUGGAGUAUUAAAAGAAAAAUCUGCUAAGUCCCUGCAGUCGGAGAUUGCACGAAAAAUUCGUGUUCUAAAAGGUUUUUAUAGAUUGGAAAUGUCCCCCCCAAGAAUCGAUGAAAUGAAGAGACUACAAGAGGAUAUCACUUUGGUUAAGGAGUUUAUAAAAAAUUACUGUUACAAAGAUCUCACUGUGCGGCAAGCUUGGUUACUGUUUCUUGUCUGUACAGAGAUUGGUCUAUGUUUUUUCCUGGGUGAAACAAUUGGAAAAAUGCGUAUCGUUGGUUAUAAAGUUUAGACAAUUCGAGCAUUAUCCAGUCAUUAUUUUACUUUCUUCUUGUUUUUAUAAUGUUUCUAUUUAAUUAUCUUAGCCUACACCUAUCUUUAUUCUAAUGUAUUUGAA